UAGAAGACGGUUAGGUGACACGGUCGCAGUGUCCUGGGAUUCCUCACACUACCCCCAGUACUCAUCAAGACCGGACAUCUGAACAUUUUGUGGUGUGAUCUAAAGUUGAGACCAUGUCGGGACGUCUACUUCUGUUGGUCGCUUUGGCCAGCAUUUUCACCGUCUCCUACGGUUUGGACUGCAUCCAGUGUGUCGGCACCUCUGCGAACGACAACUGCCAGUCCCAGAGCACCCCCACGAACGCCACUACCUGCGCAACUGGCUCCUAUUGCGCUGUGAUCAGCGUAACAACUAGCGACGCGUGGACGUCCUUCGUCCGCAGUUGCACUACUACGAACACCAACGAAGGUUGUUUCUCUGUACUCUUUAUUCGAACCUGCUCUACGUACUGCACAACCGAUGGCUGCAACAACGGUGAUGCCGGCAGCGGUGCUGGGAUGGUCCGCGCAAGCGCACUGUUCCUGAUCGUGUCCGCGAUCUUGUCCGCCAUCUUGUCCGUGUACUAAAAAGAUCGUUCAAGACUGCAUCGGAAACUACCCUAAAGUUAACUCAAAUCUAGUCGAUGUAUACUAAGGGAGGGCGAUAUAACCAUAUGGAAUAUGCAGAAGGCUAGGCAACGUAUCAACGAGUUAAGCUAGUUUCUUAAUUCUAAUCUACCAGAUAAACUAACGUUCUGAGGGACAUUCUAUCACACGUCCCUAAAGUAUAAGCCCUUUCACAGAGAUCAGAACGCAUGUGCGGCAACAGGAAUGCUAGGUAAUAUGUCGGGCAAAGUCCCAAUGAAAAAACAUUCCUUGUCUCGACCAUUUUUUCGAUUUGCAUACAAAUUGUCAAGACGAAUUUUGUGUUCUUUUACGGGGACUUGACCUUUGACAUAUUACCGAAAGUUCAUGUCGCCGCACAUGCGUUCUAAACUCUGUGAGAGAGCUUAUACUUGUAGUUAUCAAACGCGUAUCCUGAUUGGAUUAUAGCAGACACACUGUGACUGCUAUUUGUGAAAAGGUGACGGACACGUGUAUGAUAAAAUUCCAAGGUUUGUGUCACCGAUACCUUAUAGUUAACUUUGACGAUUGUGGUAUAACAGUGGGUUUAGUUUCCAGAAACUGUGUGCUGAUAGUGUGAUGCUUUACUACUUUACAACCCUCUCUUGUGGGUUAUAAAAAUUGAUUACCCUGCCGCUUGCAUCUGGUGCAAAUGAAAUGUUUAAUCGCUAAAAGAGAAGACGAAUUAUAACCAAACAAGUAUUUGUUAUGCAUUACUAAAACUGUUUUAAAUGAAAUUUCCGAUACAAAACAGAUUAUUAUAUUUGUGCAACAUCUGCUUAUUUGGAAUCCAAGCAAUAAACAAAUCAUUUUGGAGACGCCUUUUGGGCGUAGGCAUUCUUCAUUCAUUGAUUCAUUCAAUGAUGUCAAUUGCCUCAAUUCAAUUUUCUGAAUUCUGGUUGUUUGAUACUUGCUGUGCAUAAUGUUGUAACCCCUACAUGAAGUAUCAUGAAUAAAAUCAUGGCUUCUGAGUUUGUUUUUGUCUGUAUUUGUGUUUACUUGAAUUAAAGAUAACCGGAGGAGAUGUGUACAUUAGUUGUUAACGUGUUUGUGAAUAAACAACUUUGUUUUUCUGAAA